AUGUACACUAAAGAAUUUAAACUUAAAAUCAGCCAUCACCCACCUUUAAAAGCCAGAAUAAUUAUAAUAAUUGAUGCAAUCAUUUGGCUAGGGAGGCAGGGCUUAGCAUUAAGAGCUCAUAGAGUAUCAGCUGGCCCUUUAACACUUUCAUCUUCUCAUAAUGAGGGGAAUUUUAAGGAAUUGCUGAAACUUUUAUGCAACAAUAAUGAUAAUUAUAUAAAGCUUUUUGAAAGCUCGGCUAAAAAUGCCACCUACCUUAGUCCAUGCAUUCAAGAUGAAAUUAUAUCCAUAUGCAAUAAGUUUAUAUUGAAAGAAAUUUCUUCAAAAGUAAAAGCAUCACCAUUUUUUAGUGUUCUGGCCGAUGAAACUUUGGAUGUUGGGAACAUAGAGCAAUUAUCCAUAGCAAAAAGGUUUAUUGAUAUGGAAUCAGGUGAUUAUAAAAUGAAGGAACUACUUGUUCAAUUUAUUGAUUUAAAUGACACUAAAUCAGAGACAAUAGCCAAAGAAAUUUUAGCAUCCCUUCAAGGUCUAGAUUUAAAUCUAAUGAGAGGCCAGGGAUAUGAUGGAGCUCCCUCAAUGAGUGGUCACGUUAAGGGGGUGUAG